CGUGUGCUUGUGUCCACGGGAAAUGCAGCAGUGGGAUCGACGGGGACGGCUCCUGUGAAUGUGACGUUGGCUGGAGAGGGGUGAUGUGCGAGACUGAAAUCAAAGACAAUGCAUGUAACGCCUCAUGCCAUACCAGUGCUAACUGCCUGCUCCUAUCAAACGGCACUGCCUAUUGCAAGUGUGCAGCUGGCUUUCAGGGGAACGGGACGUUCUGCACAGCUAUUGAUGCUUGCGAGACCAGCAAUGGUGGCUGUUCUGCCAAGGCAGAAUGCAGAAGAACAACGCCUGGCAACAGAGUGUGCAUCUGCAAUGCUGGGUACACUGGAGAUGGAAUAGUCUGUAUCGAAAUCAACCCUUGUCUGGAGAGCAAUGGUGGAUGCGAUAGAAAUGCAGAAUGCACACAGACUGGACCCAAUCAAGCAGUAUGUAAUUGCUUGAAGGGAUACUCUGGAGAUGGUAAAAAAUGCACAUAUAUCAGUCAGUGUUCACAAAAUAAUGGAGGCUGCAGUGAAUUUGCUAUCUGUAAUGACACUGAACUGACAGAAAGGACCUGCACCUGCAAACAUAACUACAUUGGGGAUGGAUUUAAGUGCCGAGGCAAUAUCUUCCAGGAACUUCUCAGGGAUUCCAACACAUCUAGGUUUUAUUUCCACCUAGAGGCCUUGUCUAUCAGAGAUAUUGCAGGCCCUGGCCCUUUCACUCUGUUUGUACCUCGCACAGAUGUACUAAACAGCGACCCACGAGUCAAGGACUGGAUGGCUAAAGGAGUGAUGGCUCAGGUCCUCCGGUACCAUAUGGUGGGUUGUGCCAAUCUAUUGUACAAUGACAUGACAACCAUCACCAACAUCACCUCUCUCCAUGGGGACCAAAUACACAUCAGCUACUCUCAGAACUCACUGGUUUUGAACAACAAAGCCGAAAUUAUACUCAGGGAUGCUGUUGGCACAAAUGGUGUGAUCCAUGUCAUAAACCAAAUUCUGGUCCCAUCACAUAUGCAGGAUUUCCCCCUUAAGAAGGUAUGUGAAAGCCUUAAAAUGGUUGCAGCCAAACAUGGAUACAUCCUGUUCAGCAGUUUGCUAGAGAAAAACAACCUGCUUGGGCUGAUCAACGAUCCUAUUCACAAACCCGUCACGCUCUUCUGGCCCACAGACACAGCUAUCCGUGGGCUGCCACAGGAGCAGCAGGACUUCCUCUUCAAGAAGUCCAACACAGACAAACUGGUGCAGUACCUCAAAUUCCACAUUGUCCGUGACGCUGCGGUGUUGGCCUACCAGCUGCCCCGCUCCACCUCACUGAAGACCCUGCAAGGCUCCAACCUCAGCGUCAGCUGUGGAGAUAAUGGGGAGAUUGGCGCGCUUUUCCUGAACGACAAACAGUGCAAGAUAGUGCAGAGGCAGCUGGAGUUUGAUGGGGGCAUUGCCUACGGCAUCGACUGCCUGCUGACAGACCCCAGCCUGGGAGGACGCUGCGACAGCUUCUUCACCAUGGAUUUCAUGGGACAUUGUGUUAGCUGUUUCAGUAAUUCUAAAUGCCCUCCGGGGACAAAACCAAAGGAAGGGAUCCAAUGGUGCACAUACGAGUUCUACGGGCUGCGAAGGGACGGCUGCCGUAGGAACUGCUCCAUGGUCAUCCACACGCCCAAGUGCUGCAAGGGCUACUUCGGGCCAGACUGCCAAGCUUGCCCAGGGGGCCCAGAGAGCCCCUGCAAUAACCACGGCUCCUGUGACGACGGCUACACUGGGACAGGAGAGUGCCACUGCAACAGCGGCUUCAAUGGGACUUCGUGUGAGCUGUGCUUGCCAGGCAGAUAUGGCUCCAGCUGCAGGCCCUGUGAAUGCAAGACCAACGGGCAGUGUGACGAAGGAUAUUCAGGAACAGGACGAUGUUUCUGUGAAACAGGAUGGACUGGCCGGCUGUGUGAAACCAAGCUAGCUCUACAGCCAGUGUGUUCCCCCAGCUGCUCAGCCAACGCCAUCUGCACGGAGAACAACACGUGUCAGUGCAAGCCGUUUUACAAUGGGGAUGGGAUCACAUGCACAGCUGCAGACCUCUGCAAACAAAACAACGGCGGGUGCCACAAGGCAGCCGAAUGCACACAAUUUGGGGUGAAAGUAUUCUGUACCUGCCAGAAAGGAUACAAAGGCGAUGGCUUUACAUGCCUUCCAAUAAAUCCUUGCGCCGACGGGUUCAACGGAGGCUGCCAUGAGCAUGCCAUUUGCACUGUCAUAGGACCUGACAAACGCAAGUGUGAAUGUAAAAAUAACUACAUUGGAGAUGGGCUGAACUGCUCAGUGAUGCAGCUUCCUCUUGACCGCUGCCUGCAAGACAAUGGGCAGUGCCACCCCGACGCUGACUGUGCCGAUCUCCACUUCCAAGAUACCACGGUUGGGGUUUUCCACUUGCGGUCCCCACAGGGGCAGUACAGAAUGACGUAUGAGAAGGCAAAGGAGGCCUGUGCCAAUGAGUCAGCCACCAUCGCUACGUACAACCAGCUGCUGUACGCGCAGAAGGCAAGGUACCACCUGUGUGCUGCUGGCUGGCUAGAUGGCGAAAGAGUGGGCUACCCAACUGCCUUCUCCUCCCCAAACUGCGGCUCUGGGCAUGUCGGCAUCGUGGACUAUGGGAGACGAGUCAACCUGAGUGAAAUGUGGGAUGUCUUCUGCUACAGGGAGAAAGAGGUGAACUGCACCUGCAAGGCUGGCUACGUGGGGGAUGGCUCGUCCUGCAGCGGGAACUUGCUGCAAGUGCUGAUGUCCUUCCCAACGCUGACAAACUUCUUUUCGGACAUCAUGGCUUACUCCAACAGGUCUCGGAAGGGGAGAGAGUUCCUGCGGUACCUCACAGACCUGUCAGUGCAUGCCACUCUUUUUGCUCCAAACGAUAGCGGGUUAAAGGAAAAUGAGACACUUUCUGGGCGAGACAUCGAGUAUCAUUUAUCUAAUGCCAGCAUAAUGUUUUAUGAGGACUUAACCAAUGGAACCACUCUUACAACUCGUCUUGGGGAAAAACUCCUCAUUACCAACACCAGGGGCCAGGAACAUCAAAGCGAGAUAAGAUACGUGGAUGGAAGUGCUAUUGUUGAGUGGGAUAUAAUCGCUUCCAAUGGGAUAAUCCACAUCAUUUCAGAGCCUUUAAAGGCUCCACCCGCACCUGCUCCUCUCCAUGCCAGUGCUGGGACAGGAAUAUUCUUUGGCAUCUGCCUGAUUGUUGGAAUUGUGGCUUUUAUUGGAUAUUCUUACCUCAGGUUCAGGAAAAGAAACACAGGCUUCCAGCACUUCAAGUCGAAAGAUGACACUGACGUAACACCACUGGACAAGUCACAGCCUUCAGAUAUCACCAACCCCUCAUACGAAAGUCCUUCUGUACUGACUCCACCAGAACCUGCUUACGAUCUCUUCUCAGAUUCGGAUGACCAGCAGCUUGUGAUAAGUGGUCCUCAUGAUCAGAAUUAA